AUGACGCCCUCGUGCAAGCUCGUCCUCCUCCUCCUUGCCAUGGCACUGACGGUCUCCAUCGUGCACGGUUGCGGCGGAUACAACUGCCAGACCCCACCGCCGUCACCACCACCUCCGUCAUGCCCGCCGCCCCCACCGCCGCCGUCACCGCCACCACCAUCAACCAGCGGUGGCUCGUGCCCGGAUCUGGGCGUGUGCUUGAGCCUGCUGAGCGUGCCGAUUGUCAGCCUCGGCGUGUCGCCGUAUGAACCGUGCUGCCAGCUGCUGGGCGAGUUGGCCGGCCUGGGCGCUGCCGCGUGCCUCUGUGACGUGGUCGUCCUCCACGGGCUGAUCCACGUCGACGUCGUCGCCCUCCUCAACCAGUGCAAGAUUCCAUGCGAAUCAAACUACACCUGCCGGCGCUGA